GGCGUGGCCGCGCUGAGGGCAGGGACUGGUGCGAAGUGAGUCGAGUCCUUUGCUGGGGUGUCUGCCGAACCGGACCGCGCCAGGUUGACCCCAACUCCCCACCCCGCCGCCUCGGGGUGUUGCCGUUAAACGUUCGUGCUGCCGCCGCUGUCCAACGUUGUCAUGCCGCUCUUCGCCCCCAACCCGUUCGAGCAGGAUGUGGAAAAGGCUACAAAUGAGUACAACACUGUUGAAGAUUGGGCAGUUAUUAUGGAUAUUUGUGACAAGGUUGGAAGCACUCCUAAUGGAGCAAAAGACUGCCUCAAAGCCAUUUUAAAGAGAGUAAAUCAUAAAGUACCCCAUGUUGCACUGCAGGCACUAACUCUGUUGGGAGCCUGUGUAUCAAACUGUGGAAAGAUUUUCCACUUAGAAAUCUGCUCGCGUGAUUUUGCCAGUGAAGUGCGUGUCAUAAUAAACAAGGCACACCCUAAAGUAUGUGACAAAUUAAAAGCUUUAAUGGUAGAAUGGUCAGAAGAAUUUCAGAAAGACCCCCAGUUCAGCUUAAUAUCAGCCACCAUUAAAUCUCUUAAGGAAGAAGGGAUUGUGUUUCCUACAGCUGGGACACAGAGUCCCUCAGCUGUUGCCAAGAAUGGUGCAUCAUCAGGCAAAAACAAAGAAGAAGAAGAUAUAGCUAAAGCUAUUGAAUUAUCUUUGCAAGAACAGAAGCAGCAGCAGCAGCAAACCGAGACAAAAUCUUUAUACCCAUCUGUAGACACUCAGCAUAGCCAUCAAAAGCUCUCAAGAAAAGUGCGAGCCUUGUAUGACUUUGAGGCAGUCGAGGAUAAUGAACUUACCUUUAAGAGUGGCGAUAUUAUUGUUGUUUUGGAUGACAGUGAUGCCAAUUGGUGGAAAGGAGAAAAUCACAGAGGAAUGGGAUUGUUCCCUUCUAACUUUGUGACCCCUAACUUAAAUGAUGAGCCUGAAACAGUGCCUAUGGACAAGGAUGCUUCUGAAGACACUACUGAAAUUACAAAACCUGAGCCAGAGCCAGUGUAUAUAGAUGAGAAUAAGAUGGAUAAGACACUGCAGUUACUUCAGAGCAUAGAUCCACAAGAUCCUAAAUCUGAUUCUCCUGAUCUUCUGGAUUUAGAAGAUGUCUGUCAACAGAUGGGUCCCAUGAUAGAUGAAAAGCUAGAAGAAAUUGAUAGGAAACAUUCAGAAUUGUCUGAACUAAAUGUGAAAGUGAUGGAAGCUUUGGAACUCUACAAUAAACUAAUGAAUGAAACCCCUAUGUAUUCUGCAUAUUCAAAGAUGCACUCAACGGCACAGUAUGCACCCACGUCAGCCAGUGUUCCAGUGCAGUCAUAUCCCAUCCAUCCUCACAGUGGGAAUUAUGUGGUCCAUGGUAUGCCUCAAAGCUAUAAUCCAGGAAGUGAUCAGAUUGGUUCACUGAGGUCUUUACCUCCAACCAUGAAUUCAUCAGUAACAUCUCAGCCUGCUCCAACCUACAUGAGCCCUGGUCUAGAUUCUGUGCCCAGUUCUACUUACAUGAACCAGAAUUCUUGCCUCCCGCCUGCUGGUCCCGUUUCUUAUGCCCAGCCGAUGACCAUGGAUAUGCUAGCCUACCAGAACACUGCAUCCAGUUUGCCUCAAGGUCCAUGCUAUCCAGCAGUUCCCACUCAUUCACUUCCACAGCAGCAAACAAAUUAUCACCAGCAGCCUCUCCUGUGAAAAUGCAGAGUCGGAGCCUGGGAAGCGUUUUAGAUGUUGCUGACCCGUAAUCUUUUAAAUUGUCCUUCCAUUGAUUUAAAAGGAUACUUCUGCUGAAGGGAACAGACAACUAAGCAAUUUCAAAGUAAAUGUUAAUUCAGGCUUAACUGUUUUUCUGCAUAGCUGUUUAAACUAGGUGAGCUGCGGUUGUGUUUUUUUAAAAAAAGCUUUCCAAUCCUGACUUCUGUAAUAUUCUAUGUCUCCUCGCUAUUUAUAAAAAUGCCACUUCAAUUUUCCCCUCAUAAGACAAGCUUGAAAAUGAAGCUGAUAUAUGCAACUCCUGUUUGUUCUUUCCAGACUUUGGGAACAUAGUAAUUGUUUUUUAAUGGAAGCCUUAACAUUUGAAGUGCUUUCUUUGAAACUCAGUUUAAUUGGUUAGUUUGGAUUUUGAUUUACACCCUUUUGAGAUCAUAAUCUUAACAAGAUUGUCUUUUGAGAUUAUACAAUAAAGUCUUUACCAACCUGAGAGGAAAACUUACACACACACACACACACACACACUUUCAAUGUCAGAGAAAUUAAUGAAUUUUAUCUGCCAGAAUGGAUUUCUUACUUGCUUUUCUCAAAAAGUAGUGGAGUAAUAUUCUCUAUCCGAAGACGGAGAGUUUAAAGAGUACAUUUUUAACUUCAUAAAUUCCUAACGCAAAUGGACCUGAUCACAUCUAGAUCAGUCUUUUCUCUCUGUUCUCAUUCCCUGGCAUUACUGAACAUGAAGGAGAAGCUGAUAAUUAUGCUGUACUGUAGGAUUUAUGGGCUGCUUUUGUUUUAAUCCUAACUGGUAAAAUACACAUUGUGUAAGGGAGAGCGAAAAAGGAUAUGGCAAUGUAUUUUUCUAUUGUUGAGAGGUCAAAAAGAAUUCCUGACCAGGUUUUUAAAAAGAAACAUUUUCUGUUCUGGAUACUUGUUCAUUUCUUGCUGCUCAUGGAUGUUAUCCUAUUAAUAACACGAUUAUUUUGAGGGAGGAAAAAUAGAUCUUGCAUACACUAUAGUUGAAAAUGGGAAUGGACACAUUAUUAAAAUAAGCAGAAAAGUAGAAAGUCAGUGCAAAGAAACCAUUGGCAUUUUAUACUAUGCUCUGAAGAAUUAUUCUGCAGUAUCUGGUGCCUGUUGUAUCUAUCAUCAAAUGAGACCCAUUUUUCACUUCCAAUAUUGGUGCUAAGUAAGCUAUUUAGAUUUCUGGUAAUAUAGUGAUCCGGACAAUGAUGUCUUUGAGAGGGCGGUUUCAGAAAAACAUAGCUGUUGUUCAUCUCUUUCUAUCAACAAGAACACUUGGCUUUUCCUUUUUGGUAUUGGGUUUGUUUUAAUCUCAACAAUGUUUAAUUUUAAAGGCUGUUUUUUAAAAUUUUAUUUAGAACCAAAUCCAGGUUUUCUCAUUCAGCUCCAACGUUUUAUAAACAAAACGAGGAUUUUGAAUAGUGCAUUGCUCUUCCACGUUGAUACAUUAUUAGAUGGUCCAUUUAUAUUGAUCACAAUCUUUGAUACUACUUUAAGCGGUACCCAAUAUCUGACUGUGAUGUUGAGUUGAAACAGUCUUUUUUUCACUGCAUUUUCUCCUUUAUAUAUAAUGUAUAAAUAAAUGUGUGUAUAUAUAUCCACUGGUCUGAGAUUUUAUACACAACUAUAUAUAUAUACUAAUUCUCUCCAAUCACUGAAGUUUUAUAGAUAGCUGCGUUUGGCUCUAUUGUUAAUUGGUGUAAUCUUAAAAUGCAUUUAUGCAGGCUGUAAAUAUGUAUAAAUUCUGAUGUUCAAGUGGUGUAUUUAGUGUUUCGGUGUCAGUAGGGAUCAUGUUUCUUCCCUUUUCUAAACUAAAAUAUUUAUUGUUAAGGCAUGAUUAUAAUGAUGCUACCAAAGGAAUUAACAACAUAUUUCCAUAGUUAGGGCCCAGACUUUCAUUUGCAUCAGUGAGUAUUUAGCCAUUGAUUUGAAUGGAAUUUCAACUACACUGCAGACAUAUACCUAUUUUUAUAUUAAGAGUAAACAAUACUUGCUUUGCUUGACAUACAUUAACUGAAUAAAUAGAAAUUCUUUACAGUU